AUGUUUGCCUACCGUCGAGAAUGCAUUUCCGUUACUCCUGGUUCCUUCAGAAAUCUGCACAUGUGUGUAUUAGACACGCCAAUUAGUCUCACAUCACAUAUGGGUAAACUAAUGGAAAGGAUCAUCGCAAACAGGCUAAGCUGGUGGAUGAAAGAGAAAGGUAUUAUCAACGAAUACCAAGCAGGGUUCAGAGCUAGGAGAAACACGGUAGAUCAAUUUUUGAGACGUUUGAUAGUCUUCUUUUAUUUUUGGAGAGGCAGUUUUCGAACCAGCCCCCUCAUAAAAUAUCCACCCACCCACCCGUCAGACUUCUUCGUUCUUCGUUUCAUUAAAAUAUUCCAAGCACAACUACCAAAAUAUGCCUCCGUGAUGGAUAACAACGUCGGGGAUUACAAAUAUGACGAAGAAAAAAAUUAUUUCUUCAUGAUUAGAAAAUGGAAAAUUCAUAUUUUCUUCUGA